UAAUCAUCCUCCCCCUCUUAUAAAUACCCAUACCUCCACCACCUCUCUCCUCACCAUCACUUCCCUUGAACUUCCACCUACCUUCACUAAAACUUCAAGUUCAACCAUGGCUGUCACCACCACUACAAGGUCGUCGCUAAUAAUCGGCUCCCUCCUCCUCUCGUUUCUCGCCAUCCAGCUAGCACAUGCCGAUCUCCAGCCAUCGCCGGCACCCUACGCUCCGAAAUUCGAUUGUGGGGGAGCUUGCACCGCCAGGUGUCAGUUAUCCAGCAGGCCAAACCUUUGCAAGAGGGCGUGCGGGACCUGCUGUGUCCGCUGUAGCUGCGUUCCUCCCGGCACCGCCGGUAACUACGAGAAGUGCGCUUGCUACGGUGGUUUGACCACCCACGGCGGCGUCCGCAAGUGUCCUUAAUUAAAGUGAUCUGUUCCGGUGGCCGGAGAGAGGAGAGGAGGGGGAGGAGAGCCAGCUGUAUUUUGCUUCUUGUAACUUGUGUGUAAUGUAUUGAUUUCUUUUUUUUUUUUUUUCUUUUUCUUUUUCUUUUCCGGGGUACUAUUAAGUACUGUCAUAAUGAGUGUAUGCAGAUUCGGUUGCGAAAGGUAAUAAAAGCUUAUAGGGAUGUUCUUUGUAAUGUACAUGUCAUGUCAAAGUUUGAAUGUUACUUCCAAAGUUCGACAAUUUAUUGUUUUUUGUUUUGGAAUGCCGAUUAUUUUAUUGGGACUUGGAGUUAUUUUCUUGGGGAGUUAUGUUAAGUUACAUUGUAUUUGAAGAAUUUAAUAUUUUUGGG